AUGUCUUAUCAAAGACUGUUUGUUGGGUUGUUGGUGUUGUUGAUGCAAUCAGAUCUCUUAGCCUUGGGCCAAACCUUAUGCGGUAGCAACGGCAAUUACACCACCAACAGCGCUGACCUCAACACCGCUCUCUCUUCUCUCUCUACAAACAUCGACAACGAUGGCUUCUACAACGCCUCAACCGGGCAGGGUCCCAACAGAGUCAACGCUGUCGCGCUGUGCAGAGGCGACGUCCAACUCAACGCGUGCAGAAAACCGGCGACGAUCUCGUGGAGUCGUGCCCGGUUCAGGAGGGAACCCGGUGGGAUGAAUUCUGCACGUUACGAUACUCAUGAAACAGUCUACGGGGCUGCGGCGAAUAGUCCUAGAUACAGCUUCAGUAAUGUACUGAACGUGACGAGUCCAGCGCAGUUUAGGGCGGAUCUGAGGAAGCUGCUAGAUGAUCUUCGGGGACGAGCCGCUGUGGGCUCGUCUACGAGGAAGGUGGUGUUGGUUAAUGAGCAUUAG